GCGAGUCAUAAGUGCAUACACGUACUUAAUACCAUACUUACUUGCAGGGCUUGGCUUUUUUUUGUUUUUUUUUUUUUGUUUUUUUUCAUUAUUCUUUUGUACAUCGUGACAUUGACUGCAACAACUGCAGUGGAGUGCAGGCGAAAUUAAAUUUACUAAUCCGAGUGAACGUGGGGGAGAAAGAAGAAAGGAGAAGAAGGAAAGGGUGCGCAGUGCGCACAUACGCCGCAGGCAGGCACUGUAUACUUAUAAUACGGGAACGAAGAACGGGAAACAAGUCAGUAGAUAGUUGAGAGAGUCGAGAGCGAGGCGAGCGAGCGAGCGAGCAACGAAAGGAAGAGAGAAACGCGCCGAUACGCACAUCAUCAGGAGCUGCAGCGCAAUGGCCGAGGAUAAGGAUUUGCACCAGGGUGACGCCAAUAAUCAGCACGAGGCAGCUGCCGGCGACAGUAACGAUAAACCCAUGAACGGGCCAUCGGCCGCCGACGAGGCGGACAAGAAGCAGCCCAAGGGGGAUGCAGAGAAGAUGGAGAAUGGUGACGGCGGUGGUGGCGGCGGCGGCGACGACGAAACACCCAAGGAGAACGGCGACAAGGCGAGCCCUGAGCCACCCAAGGACAUGCGCGCGAUCGUCCUCCACGGCUUUGGCAGCCUCAAAAACGUCAAAUCGCUCAAGAGACCCGAACCCGCUGGACUCGCCGACAGCGAGGUCCUUAUCAAAGUCAAGGCAUGCGGCGUUAAUUUCCAAGACAUGAUGGCCAGACAAGGAGCUUUGGAGAGUCCACCAAAGCCACCAUUUGUCAUGGGUUUCGAAUGUGCCGGUGAAAUCGUGCAAGUUGGCGAAAGCGUCAAAGACUUGAAGGUCGGCGACGAGGUUGUCGCACUUCCAGAUCAUAAAGCUUGGGCAGAGUACGUGACUGUACCUGCCAACUACGUUUACAAACUGCCUGCUGAAAUGGACUGCAAAAAUGCUGCCGCCAUUACAAUGAACUACACAGUAGCUUACUUUUUAUUAUUUGAGAUUGCCAAUCUCACUCCUGGAAAAAGCAUACUUCUUCACGGUGCUUCAGGUGGCGUUGGUCACGCUAUAGCUCAAUUGGCUAAAACGGUUGAAAACACCACAAUUUUUGGUGUCUGCAGUAAAGCAAAGCAUGAGACUCUUAAAUCUGCUGGUCUGAUUGAUCAUCUUUUGGAGCGAGGCACAGAUUAUUCUAGUGCCGUCAGGAAGGAAUUCCCUGAAGGUGUCGACAUUGUCUUGGACUGCUUGUAUGGUGAAGAAUGCAGGCGGGGAUACGCACUCCUUAAACCUUUAGGAAAAUACGUUCUCUAUGGAUUAGGCAACGCUGGUGAGAGUAAAAGUCUCUCGGCUGCUCGAUUUUGGUGGACAGUUGACAAAGUUGCACCCAUCAAACUAUAUGAUGAGAACAAAAGUUUAAGUGGUUUCAACCUUCGGAACUUGAUGUACCAAAACGGAAAUCACGAAAUGGUUCAACGAGUUGUCAAUCAAGUUUUUAAACUUUGGAGCGAAGGCAAAGUAAAACCAGUAAUUGAUUCUACCUGGGCGCUGGAAGACGCAUCAGAAGCCCUGCUCAAAAUGCACGAACACAAGAACAUAGGUAAAAUUAUCUUGGACCUAAGCUUGGAACCCAAGCCAAAACCCAUCACUCCAGCUAAAAGCAAAGGAAAAGAUAAGAAGAAUGCAAUGCAGGAAGAUAAAAAGUCUCCAAGUACAGAAUCCGAUGAAACUGAAAAGCCAAAGGAGCCUGAGCUAACAAAUGGCACCUCGGAAGAAAAAUCUGAUAGUGACUCAAAAGAAAAAGAAUCAAGUUGAAUUACAAGUAUAAAAAAUGACUUCUAAAGUACUCAUCAGUAAAUAUUAAGCGAUUUUUUUUAUCAAGAAAGCUAUAAAAAAUAAAAAAAUAAAAAAAAAAAAACAGAAAAACAAGGGUAGAACGAAAAUUUCUUCCAUAACUUGAAAAAAAAAAAAAAAAAAAUUCAUUUAAUUUACGGCGAUUGUAAGCAUACGUACAAGAUUCUCUAAGGUAUUAAUGUACAAAUUGUUUUUUAAAAUCUAUUUGUAGCUUCUAUAUCCUUAUGUUUUAAAAGCAGCAAUGUGAGUUUUUUUUAUAUCUGAAGUAUAUUUUUAUUACACAUAACUUGCCAAAGUGAUUUGAACAAAAAAUCAUCUUCAACAAGGAAGUAAUAUAAAUAAGUACCAAAUAUGUAAAUUUUUAAUAAAAUGGCCAACCCCAUUAAUGCAUUUUGAUGAGAUAUUAAUUUUGUUUUACGGCCUAUUUGUGAUCUAUUUUCAAACCUUUUAUAUUUUGUAUACAGUAUAUACAUAACUUCUAUAAAAAAAAAAAAAAAAAAAUGAUACAAAAUUAUCGAACCUACAUAUUUCACAGCUUAAAAAUAAAAUUAAUAUCCAUUCAAGUAUAUGAUGAAAUCGAGAUUUAAUGUCUUGAUUUUUUGUAAAUGUAUUGACAUCAUUAGUGUUGUUAUCAUAUAUUGUAGUUAAUCCUUAACUUGAGUAUAUGUCAUUGUGGCUUAAUUUAUUUAUUUUACAGUGAAACCGCAAUCGUUUUAUACUUCUCUAAAAAAAAAGUUAUAGUUGAAAUUUGACUAUAUAGCAUUAAACUUGUAAUUCUCAUUACUGCGGUAUUAUCGAUGAUACAAAAACAAUUAAAAUUUAAAUUUAAUGUGUUAUGUAAAACAUAAAAACGGUUAAGGAUUAAAAUGAAGUAGACAUGUCUGAAAUAUACAAAGUUUAAAUAUAUUAAAUUUCAAAUUAAA